AUAGACCAAUUGCGAAACUUAGUGACCGCGCCUUCAACUGCACGAAAACGAGGCUUAUUAUGCAAAACAAAUCAUUCUACUAUAUUUUUAUAUGGCGAAAAAUGAAUUUCAGUGUUUGAGACGCGUUUUUAUGGCAAUCUCUUUAUUUUUUUUCAAUAUUUUUGUUUUGACCAUGUAAAUCUUUAUUAAACUUGUUCAUAGAUUUAGUCUUACUUCAAAUUUCAUUGCUUUUUGCGGCGUGCGAGGCAAAGUUUUGCUGUUUUUCGCCGUCCGAUAAAAGAAGCAGAUUAUACCAGAGAAAGAAUCAGGUAUUUUCCGUCUGUUUUAUUAAUACUUUUCAAAGAAUAAGUUGUAACAGUGAUUAAAUUUUGUUUCAGUUGUAAUAUAAUAGCAAGUUUUCGAUUUUAACUUUAAAAAUAUGAAAGUAAAUGUCGGGCAAAAUUUGUAGAAAUUUUAUGUUAUUAUCCUUUGACAAAAUUGUUUUUUCUCGCACGAAGUCUAAAAAAAUCUGGGUAGAAAGAGUUAUAUUUUAGUUUGUUAAGUUAUACUGGCUAUUUUAUUUGCAUCUUGAUCAGAUUUUAAAGUCUCGAUUGAUCUUUUCCAUAUGUUGGUCCCAUCGCAUGCUAAAACAACAACGAAAUAUCUCUCCAAAGCGGGUAAAAAUAUAGUGGGAAAUCGAUGUUUAGAUAAAUUUAACAAAUAUUUAUAUAACCUAGCACGAAAUAUUACGAAACGAUCAAAGAGAUUCAAGAAAAAACACUUUAAAAACCCUAAAAUUCACUUUUCCGCUAUGUAAAAAUAUAGAAAUUGUUUUGUUUUUGCAUAAUAAGCCUCGUUCUCGUGCAGUAUGAAGGCGGCCACUAAGUUUUGCAAUUGGUCUAUGUAUGAAUGAUCAGCUGAUAAAUUGGCCAGGGUCAAAUGUUUGCAUAUCAUGUGUUGCAGUUUAGCCCAUUUUCCACUAGGAACUUAUCCAACUUUUUCGCUGACCAAUCACAUUGCCAAGAUUCGUUUCGUGCAAACAAAUUCGCCUAGUGGAAACAAAUUUGCCUAGUGGUCUCAUUCCAUGAGCGCCUUUUCUUGGCGAAAUGCGAAACACUUCGCACAAAAUGAAUUUGUGCAUGCGCACAAUAAAUUAGACUUCGCAAGAUAAAAAGUAGAAGUCAGUUCUAUUCACUGUGAAAGUGAAUAAAAUGGUAAAAUUCAAUAAAAUCACUUAUGUGUAUAAACCAUCUGUAUUUCGCAGACAGAAUUUCGCCUUCGUGGAACCUUAAUGGUUGAUGAGCUUCAUUACCCAGUCAGCUAAUCAUGACGCAAAAACCUGCCCAUAGCCAACACCGCGGAAAAACGUCUGCGCAUGCGUCAACCUUACCUGUAAUAGUAUUGCGAACUUAAUGAGAAGCUGUUCUGAACGUUUCCGAAGGCUCAAAAUGGCGGUAAAAAGGAGUGACUUCAUUGUGUGUCUUUACAGCCAGAUUUCGAGCGCAAAAAUAAACAUGUCAUUCUAAAAACUAGGAAUAAAUACAGCCAGAAGGUUCAAGAAAUUGUAUUGUACAAGAACAUGAACUAAAGGUGAUUGUUGACAAAUUUAUUGUUUGAAACAUUUUGUUUAUCAACUAAGCAACGACAAUUUCCGAAUUUUCGUUUGAGAUACAUUUCUUUAAAAAAACUGUGUUGCCAAAUAUAAAAAAUUUUCGUGUUCACAAUAAUUAAACUUUAGGAUUUAUUCUACAAUUUGAGUGGGUUAAGAAGCUUAACUUUUCGAGAGUUUUCUUAACUUUUGAGUUUGAAUUUUUGUUUUGAAUAAUUUUGCAAAAAUUUUCGAAGUCGUGUUCGUUAAAAUCAACAAUUUUUUACAUGAAUUAUAUUUUAUUCCAUACUUUAAAUGCCAGGACGCUUUCAAUUAAUGUCUAGUCUACCCAUUUGCUAUAUUUUCUCAUUUGUUUUACUAAUUUUUGACCAAUUAAUAAGCAUGUUUUUGUUUUAGAAAUUGAUAUUCAAAUUCCCCGCCAUGUUUUCAUAAUUUGGAGCAUGCGCAGACGUUUUUCCGCGGUGUUCCCAUAGCCCCUUACGGCAAUAUGAAUGUUGCAAAAAAACUGUAGCUUUUACUUCAUUUACAAUUAGAUUCGGUGUUGGGAGAUCACAACUAACGCUGUACCGAAGGCACAACAGACUCAUCAAGGGCCCAUCUUAGACUGUUGUUGGCAUGACGUAAGUCUCAGCAGAUGCAGGAUGAUCUGAUAUCGAUGGUGACGAUUUUUUAGAACCUGGAUUUACCAUGCCAUUGCAAAUUUAUCAGAAAUAUCAUAUGAAAAUCUGUUUCACUUGAUGAUUUUGAGCCGAUAAGGAAAACUACUGAUUACUGAGGCCAAUAUUAUUUAUAAGCCGAUUGUCGUAACUAAUCUGCCGAUUAAUUGGUACCCGCCGAUUAUUUCAAAAAGCAAGAGAACAAUCACAAGAUGACCAACAAUGAAGUUGUAAAUGCGGUUUUAUUAUUUACAAUAUGCACCAUGUACAAUUAAAAACAGCUUCAAUCUUGCAUGUCAAUAGUUAAAGUUUAGUUUUGGCAGAUUAUGGUGUAAAAACAGGAUAUUGUCAGCUAUGCGGAGCUAGUCUGCUGCGUUUUUCAGUGGAAAUGUUCCCAGCUUCACUUUGCUUGAGACAAAAGACACAGGUUUUGCAAUAAAAUAUGAAAAUCUAUUCGCUUGUAUUCAGUAUUUUAGCAUGUGCUUGGCAGCUGCAGAAAAAGUCUUAUGGCCGAUUAUCAGGCAAUAAUCGGCCGAUUACCGAUUAUUUAAAAAACGGCCAAUUAAUUGGCUUUGCCGAUUAUUUACCGAUUAAUCGGCUCAUCCCUAUUUGAAAUAUAUAAUUGAAACACUACACAUAUCCUCUAAGACAAUGUUAUAUUCUAUGUUGUAGAAUGAUCUGGCAUUGUAGACAAACUAACCCUUUAAGUGGCAAAGUGCCCUAUUUUAUUAUUUUACUCUGUCUAAUGCCAGAUGGUUUUACUCAUCAAGAGGAGGGUGCUGGUGCUCAAUGGGUCAAAAUGAUAUGGGGAGGUCAAUGCUCAAAUUUUUGUUUAGUUAUUAAAAUAUUUUACUUUCUGAAAGGAUGGCAGCAAAGUAUUUACAGCAAGUGUUGAUAAGACAUGCAAAAUGUGGGAUUUGAAUAGCAAUCAAUGUGUUGUUGUAGCUCAGGUAAGUUAUGGUAAAAUAAUUUUUUGAAAAUUGUUUGUAAAGCACUGGUCAAUUUGAGAAGUGGAAAAUCACAAAGCUUGCAAAAUCCUCUGCAAGUACUGUAGGGAACACUACCAACCUGUGUUAGAAGCACUUAGCACUAUAAACUGGAUCAAACAAACUUCACAUACUAUGUAGUCAAUACUGCAGACUCAGGUAGACUGUUUAAUGUGAAUAGUUGACAUGUUAGUUUUAAUGGUUGCACAAUGACAUUUCUAGGCAGAUUUUCAGACGUUUCUAAGGCGUGGCUUCAAUGUUUAUUUUCAAAAUUUAAACGUAAUUACGCAUAAACUUAUAAUCAUUAUGGUAUGCUUGUUGUUCUCUCAGCCAAAAGGUAACUGAUGGAUUGACAGACCGAUGCACUGAUCAACACAGUCUGACUACCUAAAACUUGUUUUCUAUGCAUUUCUUUACAGCAUGACCAACCAAUAAAAACAGUCAAUUUCGUCCAAGCGCCAAACUAUACAUGCAUAGUCACAGGAAGUUGGGAUAAGACAUUCAAAUUUUGGGACAUGCGACAGUCGACCCCUGUCAUUCAAUUCCAGUUACCAGAACGAUGUUAUUGUGCUGACAUAGUGUAUCCCAUGGCAAUUGUGGGUACUGCACAGCGAGGCAUACUUUGUUACCAACUGGAUAGCCAACCACGAGAAUAUAAGGUUGGUAACAAAUUUCAUCAUGGUUGACUUUAAUGUUAAAACGUUUUGGUAUUUGUUAACAGUUCUAUACACCUUAUCAACUCAUUUUUUCCCAAACUUUUUCAGAAAAUCGAGUCUCCGCUAAAAUAUCAAGUAAGGAGUUUAUUGAUAUGGAUACUUUUAUCAAUUCUCAAUUGAUCUGAUGGUGCAGGUAGGGCCUCCCCAAACCCCUGAGAUUUUAGCCCCCCCCCCCCCUGCCAACCAAACCAAUGCCGAGAUGAAAGACAUCUGAACUACAUGUACUGUGAAAAAAGGUGACAAAUGCCGAAUUUCUGCAAUAUUUUUUACCUAGCAUCGUUGUGUGACAAUCUUUAAAGACAAAAACCAGCAACCAACUGGAUUUGCUUUGGGAUCUGUCGAAGGAAGAGUUGCCAUUCACUACAUUAAUCCUAUAAAUCCGUAAGUGAAUUUUGGUACUUCUAAGAUGCAUUAUUCAUCAGAUUCUCCAUGCCUAGUAUAAAUUUGCUCAUUAUCUAUAACUUUCGUCAUUUUAGAAAAGAUAACUUCACGUUCAAAUGUCACAGAAGUAACACAGCGACCUCAAGCAAUGUUCAAGAUAUUUAUGCUGUAUGAAAUAAUCCUUGUUUUGUAAUGGUAUCAAAACAGGCCUUAAAAUAUCGGUCAUAAAACCGUCUGACAAAAUGUUCGAUGACUUUGAGGUCGGACAUAUGGAUUGUGGUGACUUUUGAGUUCAGUUUGGCUUGGAAACAAGUACAGACUAAAAUUAAUAUUAGCACAAUUUGGAAAAGUAUUUGAAAAGCAAUGUCAAUGAAUUUGCGAACCGCACCUCGCUGUUAAAACCCCGCACUUAAUUAUACAUUUCCAGUUCACCUCCUAUACAUUACUCUGAUUCUCCAUUUAACAUACGAGCCUCCACUAGGGUACAUUUUGAUUUACGUUGGACAAAGUUACUGUACGGUUAGGUCAGACACCAAUUCUCUCGGAUCGGACAAACAAUAAAUCUGAGUUUCACUUAGGUCAGACAGAAUAUCCAGUGGUUUCCUCUCUACGUCGGACGAUUUCAUAAAUGGUCGGACGUUGUCCGUGACCGGCUGAUAUUGUAAAGCCUGCAAAAUAUAUUUUCAAGAUGUUUUCAUUUUACAUGAUUCAUGAAUCUUGAAAUUGUCGGACUAACUAAAUUACCAUUAAUGCAAGGUCUUCAGGAAAAAUUUCUUCUGACAGAUUUCUUAAGUAAUUGAUCUCCUGUAAAUUUAUAUCAACGACAAUGUUUUAAAAUAGGUUUUUAGUAAAUUUAAACUUUUUGUAAAUAUAGCAAUAGAACGAAAAUAAGCACUGUAAAAUAGAGCUGAAAGCCUUUCGAGGAACAUCUAAUAAACUUAUAUAUGUGUAUGUUAUUUUUUAGGUGAAUGGCAUAUCGUUUCACCCUCAGUUUGGUACAUUAGCGACCGUUGGAUCGGAUGGGAAGUUCAGUUUUUGGGAUAAAGAUGCACGUACGAAAUUGAAGGUAUAAACUAUAAAGGCAAUUUUCUUGGGGAGUAAACUUCUAUAGAAUUCCAUCCUACUCAGAAAAAGUCAGCACCAACUAUAGUGGAUAUCUAACCAUUAUUAUUAAGCUACAAUGUGCUUACCCUACUUUAAUAUUUUGCCAGACGACUUUACUCGACAAUGGGGACAGUUUUGUGUUAACCAAACUAUCUGACAAUGUGUCUUGUUAAUCCAUACAUUGCACCCAAAUGCACACGCCCUACUGUACAUUGUUAUUUCGCUCUUUCCAACAACACAUGAUUUUACUCGUCGAGGCCGAGAGUCUUGCAUAUUAAUAUGCAUGAUAAUUUGCGAUGAGCCUGCAUGGAUGAUGGAUCCGUUUCGUUUUUCUUAUUUAAACCAUCGAGUGCUAGCACUUUCAUCUUGACAAGACAAGAAAACUCGUCUGGCGGUAAACAGAGUAAAACGCAACGUCAUUUACAUGAUUAUGUUAUUUCUAGACGUCAGAUCCUGCUGCAAGUCUACCUAUAUCUACUUGUAGUUUUGAUUCGACUGGAAAUAUUUUUGCAUACUCCGUUUGCUACGACUGGUCAAAGGUAUGGACGUAUGGUGCAUAAAGCAAUUAGUUUUACAGAGUUUCACCUUUGUUUGUCAGAUGGUAAAUCGUGCAGCAUGCAAAACACUAUAUAGUAUGAUUUCUAGGUCGUGGUUAGCCCACUUUGUAGACCAAAGUGCAACUGCAGACGCAAUGCAGGCCAGGCCAAGACAUGCAUGGUGAUGGGAUGAUCUUGUGUAAGAUGAUUUAAAGGGGCAGCGUCACGGCGCUCAUUGCAUGGCUAAAAUAAACAGCGCAAAGAAACGUUUAAAAUUAAUGCUAUACGAUUGGAAAAGAUGCAGCAGCCUUCAAUUUUUAAAACAAAGCAAGAAUGUCGCAUUUCACUCCUAACUUGAUUAAUUGUUAGCAGACAGUUUUUCAAGUUCGCGCAUAUUUCGGAUGCGCAGUAGCCAGUAGAACCGUGACACUGCCCCUUUAACCAUAAAAUAAUAGAACUGUGACUUUCUGAGUGUAAACCUUGAAUAAAGUGCGUGAAUGCUUGUGGAAGAUUUGCCGAUAGAGCAAAAUUUGACCAAGAUUAUUGCGUUUUAUGAUAAUGAGGUUUCGACAGGAGCAGGUAUAUGGGCUGUUCUCUUGCAAUUCAGCAGUUAGUUGGAAUAAUGGAUUAUUGGUACACUCCCUUAUACUUUACCCUUAUGAUCCUACGCUGAUUUUCCAGAAUGUUUAGCGUGUUCCCUAUUUUUUUCAAGGGGCACGAAUAUUUCAAUCCGUCCGUGAAACCGAUGAUUCUACUCCGCAGUUGUAUGGACGAAUUAAGACCACGAGGAAAGAAAUAGGAUAUUGUCCUUUCAAAGAGACGUUUCCUAUCGUAGCAGCUCACAUCCUGCUGAAAGGAUAGAGGAAACAUUGACCAACACUUGUUCAGGGCAGCUCGUGCGCCCAGAUACCACUGUUACACCUUACAAAAGCAUAUAUAAUAGAACAAAUGUGACACUAUAAUACUUUUGUUUGUGGAAACACAACGUAAAUUUAUUACUCCGGACAUACGGAUCCAAAGCUAUACAGUAAUAAAUUUACGUGGUGUUGUUUCCACAAAGUUCACAAACAAAAGUAUUAUAUGUUUUAUCGCCACGCAAACCAACAAAGAACUUAAAUGUGACACUGCUACAUAUUGCACGAAUACUUUUUAUAUAAAUAAUGUAAAUGACGAUUUAAAAAAGAGCAGAUUACCAGACGACUGUUUCGUAUUCUUUCACGAAUCGUGUAUAUUAUUAAUAAUAGUAUUGUUUCUAGUACAAUUUGGAAAAAAUAUACACUAGUGAGUUUUUCAAAGAGUUCAAUUUGCACGAGAGUCUAUUUUGCUCGUCUUUGAAAAACUCACUCGUUGUAGAUGCCAGAUGGGUUUCCGAGUGUGUAUUUUAGACCUAACCAGUUGCAAAAAAUAACUAUAGUCUAUAUAGGCCCUCUUGCACGAAUCGAACCUGCAACACAGAUUAGAUAUUAUGAUUAUAAAUAGUUGUAAACAAUAAAGUUGUUUUAUUUUUAA